AUGUCCUCGGGUCGACAAGUACUCAAAACCUCACUUCCAUCCGCUCACGCAGCUUCCGCUUCGUUAACCCGCUCAACCCCUGCUACCGCGCGUCAAUCGCCACCCAAAGCGGGCAUGUCACGACAAGAGCAAGGACCAUUAUCAGCCAGACCCGGCACUGAUCCCCGUCACAUGGCGAUUGCGCUGCACCAUGCGCGCCAGAUCCAAGCUCAAAAGGACGCAGAGGCUCUCAUUCUCGAUCGCAUUCUCGACCUCGUUCAGUUCCCCACCUCACCGUCCGCCGAUCCUAGCUCCCCGUCCCCCGAAGAUGCUCGGGCCUUCAAGUCUGCAUUGACACCCUUCCAACCCGCCGAUUACGACAAUCUGAUCCUGGAAAGAAACAUCGAAGGGCUAUGCGGGUAUACUCUUUGUCCCCAUGAGCAUCGCAAGGAGGACUCCGGAGGCGCCUUUCGCAUCAAGUGGGGCGCGAAGGGCAGCGGCCCAGGCGGGCGCGGGCGCGAGAUGAACAUCGUCCCGAAGGAAAAGCUGGAGAUGUGGUGCUCCGAUGCGUGUGCGGAAAGGGCGAUGUUCAUCCGAGUGCAGCUCGCCGAGCAACCGGUGUGGGAACGAAGAGCGGACGAUGCCCACGGCGCCCAUAUUCUACUGCUCGAAGAGGAACGGGCCAGAACACAGCAGCAAGGGAAGGGCAAGAUGCGGAGCGCGGCCAGCGUCAACGAGGUCACCGGUCAGCUAGGUAACUUGCAUGUGCACGAGGGACCAAGCUCCAGCGACGUGUUCGAUCAUAUGGCCAAGCUGUCGGUUCGUGAUGACGCACGUUCGCAGGAGCUGGCCCUGGAGCGUGGCGAUGCUCACCCAGCACUGUACACGGGUCGCGUGGACGUGAAUGUGCAGGAGAACAGUCGCGCUGCUGGCCCGGUGACGGCACCGCAGAUGCGCCCGGGAGACGAGAAAGGAGGCUCUAUCGAAGGAUAUGUGCCUCGCGAUCAUUGA